AUGUAUGCACUGUUCGUUAAAGCACUGUCAAGCGAUGCUUCGCCAGCACGGGACAGUUUCAAAGCCUCCCAGCUUAUACAGUUGGACAAUACCGAUCUGUAUUCAGACCUCGCGAUUGUAGAAGCAGAGAGCACUGGGAAGACGACCGCCUUAUGCGAUCCUAACGGUAAUUUUCUAAGUUAUUACAACAAGUGUGUUAAUUGCGUGCAAGGUAAUGGCAAUAGUGGCACGUCGGAAGAUUAUCCUAAUCCCAAGCUUGGGCAACAUCUCGACUACUGCGGUAUUCGAAGCAUAUCUCUUACCGUGACGGUGCAGGCUACUUGCGACAACGUGGAAUACGGUUUGUCUCCGGCAGCUGUAUCGUCGCCAUCAUCCGAGGACCCUGCAACGUCAACGUUGUCUGCAGUGACACCAGCUCAAUCUUCCGGUUCAACAACAUUAGUGCCCCAGGAAAGCGAAUCGCACGGGAAAGCUUGGAUAGCAGGACCUAUCGUGGGAUCAAUAGGCGGCGUAGCAGUAUUAUUUAUCGCUGGUCUCCUUCUGAGAAAGCGACGCCAGAGAACAAAAUCUAGAACAGUGUCAGGCGAUGCUUUCGACAAGCCUCAAUUACAUUCAGAUCACAUUCCCAGACUACAAGUAGCAGAGCUCGAAGUGAAUAAAAAGCAAGAUCCUAUCGAGAUGCCAGCUGAAGUUGUCCCUAUUGAAUUUACGGUGCCGCCAUAUGAGAUGGGGGAUGAAAAUCAAAGACUGAACCAAUACCUUACAGCCGGCGAUGUGCCUGAACAGCCAUGA